AUGGUAAAGGAUCGUCUCAUAGAGCUUCAGACUCUGUCAGGAAAGACGAACUCCAGCAGAAGCAGUGGCCGUCGUGCUUCUCAUGAAAAUGCCCAUUUAUUGCCUGAUGAGCAGCAGACAUCUUUGGAAAGCUUCCUGAAUUGUAUGACCGAUAUUCGAACGAUCGUUAGCCAACUAGAAUCGUGGCUUGACGAAGUACGUACAUUACACGGUGAAUUACUGCUUGCUCCUGCAACAGAUGGAGAACUUGAUCAUGAAGUGACCGCUGUCGGUAAAAUACACCCCGAAGAGUCCCACACAACGGAUUUUCGCAUUAAACGUAACCAGAUUCGUAGUCUCACACGGGCCCUUCAUGAUGUUGUAUGGAAAUUCAGUGAAGAGGAGGAACACUACAAGGAACGUUGCAAAAAGAAAAUCACCGAUUAUCUGAGAAUACAGGACAUUUCAUUGACGGACGACGAGAUUAGUGAUGCAAUCGACAACGGCGAUAUAUUCGAAAAGACCAAAGGGAUACUUCUUGCCUACAGCGAUAAAAAGGCGCUUUUCGAAGAUGUGAAGACACGAAGAGAUGAACUGUUUGAAAUUGAAAAAGUCAUCCGCGAAUUAGGAGAAAUGUUCGUUGAUCUGAAUAACCUUGUUCUCAGUCAGGGUGAAAUGCUUGAUAGGAUUGAAGCGAAUGUUGAGGAUGCAGUUGAUUAUGCGGAGAAAGCCAAACACAACGUAAAGGGUGCUCGUGAAUUGCAAAAGAAAGCCCGAAAGUGUCGAUGGCCUCUAUUUCAGAUGAGCGCGUCUACCUCUACUAGUGAAAGUAAAACAUAUGGAGGAUGUGAAGGGCCGGAUGCCACAUAUGUAAAACUAGUCAGUAGUGACGGUCAUCAGUUUUACAUUAAGAAGGAACUUGCAUUGACAUCUGGUACGAUCAAGGCAAUGUUAAGUGGACCAGGGCAGUAUUCUGAAAACGAAAGUAAUGAAGUGAACUUCAGAGAAAUUCCGUCCCAUGUGCUACAGAAAGUGUGUCAGUAUUUCGCCUACAAAGUGCGCUACACAAGUUCAGCAACGGAAAUCCCCGAAUUCAGUAUCACCCCUGAUGUAGCGCUUGAAUUGCUCAUGGCAGCCAACUUCCUUGAUUGCUAA